AUGAAGGUGAAAUGGACCCAUGUGGCUUUAGUCUUCUUGCUUUUACUGUCCGUGGUGAUGACGGGAUGCUUCAUCUGGCAAUACCAGCUGCCAAAAGAACUGCCAGAUGACUCAGUGAGCCACAACACCAAAUCAGAGAUAAUGUGUCCCCGUUUCCCCGAGCCUCUGCCACUGGAGCACCCAAUCCCCGGUCUGAAAGAAGCCCUAGAAAAGGUGGAUGUUUUGCUUCGACAGAGCAUCAACCCCGUCAGCCUCCCUUCUCUGUCAGCCAUCGUCAUCCUAAACGACACCGUUUUGUGGACGGGAAACUUCGGAAAGAGGAACGGCAGUGAUCCCUUCUCAGCGCCGCCCAAUGAGUACACAAUCUACAGAAUUGCCAGCCUAUCGAAAAUCUUCCCCGCUCUGAUGAUGUACCGACUCUGGGAGGACGGGAAGAUCGCUUCCUUAGAUGACCCUCUGGAAAAAUACGUGGAAAACUUCACCAUCAAAAACCCGCUAGGCAGAACGCGAGACUCGGAACUGAAAUACGUGACAGAUGGCCUGAUAUUUCUUGACAGCGGUGAAGUUCAGAUCCGCUCAUCAUCUGUAACUCUGCGAAGGAUGGCCAGCCAGCUCUCAGGCCUGCCCAGGAGACUGCGAGCCACAAAUCUACUGUGGAAAGGAAAAACACAAACUGCAAUCAAUCUGCUACAAGAUGACAUCCUAGUCGCCGACCCAGGCACCAAAUGCCACUACAGUAACCUGGCUUUCUCACUGCUGGCUCAUGUGAUGGCUGAAGGAGUGGCCGGCAUUGAGUACCAGCAGUGGAUCACUGACAACAUCCUGGAACGACUGGGGAUGGAAGACACUGGGUUCGACAUCACCCCAGGGCUCCAGAGUCAGAUGGCUGUGGGAGUAUAUUCCAAUGGAAAGCUCGCCCCACUUUAUGACUUGGGCUGGUACCGACCUUCAGGUCAAAUGUUCUCCACUGCCGCAGACUUAGCCAAGUUAGCCAUGAUGCUUCUGGGCACUUAUCAUCGCAAGAUCCUGGAGCCUGACUCCCUAAAAAUCAUGCUGACCCCCCUCUUCAAGUGUGAUAAGGACUACUUUGCCAACCGCACUGGCACCCCGUGGGAGGUGAACGAGCUGCUGGGCUAUGAGAUGUUUCGUAAAGACGGCGAUCUAGAUGGCUAUUCUGCCACUUUCUCCUUGAUGCCCAAACUCAAACUGGGCCUGGUUUUGCUCAUGGCUGGUAGUAGGUCCCAGAACCAGGAUAUUGUCAGCAAGGCCUAUAGCCACAUUGUUCCAGCUAUAGAGAAAGCCUUCAGGGAGGCCAAGAAAGUCCUCUUAGCUCCUCCAGACCCAGAUCCUUAUUUAGGCUUUUUCACCUACAGUAAUGUCACCUUCUAUGAGAUCAAAGUGGGGCCAGGUGGUGUUCUGAUAAUGCAACAGUUUGGGCCUCAGAUUGAGGAGCUGAUCCCGGAGAAGUACAGGACAAUAAAACUCAGCUACCUUGUUGAGCGAGUGUUCAGAGUGGUUCUUGAAAAGGAGUACCCUUGUGUUUUGCAUGCUGGCACAGCUUCAGUGUCUCUGGAAACCCAAGAUGGUCAACUCUUUAACUUCUACAUGUUUGACAAGCAGGGUUUGUCCCCUGGAUUUGAUGCACCUGGGUUGAACACGUACAAUGUGGUCAGAAUCGCCCGCAGGCCAUCCUUCUCGAAUUAAACUGCACCAACCAACACAUAAACGGUGUAGGGUCGAGGCAUUCUUGGAAUAAGUAAGUGACUGCAAAUGAAAAGGUUA